AUUUGCCGCGUUACGAUACCUUCUGUUCCUUCGUGACGUCACAUAGGGAGGUAGAACCACAAAGCAUCAAAUAAAGAGUAGGGAUGAGAGUUGUGGCUUCGAUCGACGUCGCGAGAGGUUGGGAUUUUUGAUAUAAACCAGGAUACUUCUUCAGGGUCGUUUAAUUCUAAAUUUAGAGACAGUAAAGUAAGGAAAGGAGAAAAUAGAAGCGGUGAAAAAGAGAGAAAAAGAAAGACCAAAAAAAAAACAAACAUAAAUAGAAGAGGACAAUUACAAUAGAACAAAUCUUUCUAAAAAUCCUUUUUUUCUUCGUGAAAGUCGCAAAGACUUUCGCAAAAUAGUGGAAAUAAAUAAACAAACUCAAUUAUUAACAGAGACAGAGAGAGAGAGAGAGAGAGAGAUAAUAAUUGUGAUAAUGAAGAGUAUGGAUAAUUCAGAAAGUUCAUUUGAGAUCAAAGAGACACCUUCAAGUAUCGUUCGCAUCGCAUAUCGUCAAUUAAGUCUUAUGACUGGCAUGAACGAUCUCGCUAAUCCAACACUAUCUAAUAACGACGAUAAGUUAAAUAAAAAAGAAGAAAAAGAAAGUUGUAUAAUUUGUACUCUACGUUUCUUUCGAUUACCGAUAUUCGUAUCGGUAAGCUCGUCGUUGUUUCAAGCAUACACAACAAUUAAAGAAUCCCAUCAGUCUGUUACCACCAUAUUUGAAAGUGUUGAAAAUGGAUUCAACAAGAGUGCCGAAUACGUUAGACCAUUGACCAAUCAGAUUCACGAUACGUUGGAAAUACCAAUAAAAACAAUCGACACGUUUGUUUGCGUUGGUUUGGAUUUUAUGGAGGAAAAAGUACCUUCCAUAAAAUCUCCGCCAUAUGAAAUUUAUCAAAAUAUCAGCAAUAACAUUAGAUUAGCUGGGUCAUCAGUAAUGAAGACAUUUUGUACUACAUUUUCCAACAUUGUGGGAUACGCGGACCGAAUAACAACAUCCAUGAAUAAAAAUGAAGAAAAGAAGGAUGAUAAGAGUAAUAACGUUAUUGAUAAUGUCAAGUGAUCGUCAAAAUUGUAAACAAUUUUUUCGACUACCUUUACUGCAGACACUUGUAAAAAAGAAACAAAGAAAAACACACGUUUAAUGUAA